AUGUCUUCCUUGAAAGGUGCACCAAGUCUGAAUCCUCCCCCGAAAAAGGGAUUCUCUUACAAUGUCUUCGACGACGAAUUUGACGAUUAUGUCGCCCCUGUAAGUAGUGAAGACGAAAGCCAGAAGAAGAAGGAGGAAACCGUGAAAAAGAAGGAGAAAGAACGAAAGAAAGCGAAAAGCAAAAGGGCCGAGCGCCGGGCUUUAGAAAGUGGUGGAGGUGGGGAGAAGGGAACAAGCGUGCGACGUGGAGAGGGCGACCCGCAAAGCGUAACGACCUCCGCCGUUGACUACGAUGUUGCGGAUUAUGACGCGGGAGCACAGUACUCGGAUGACUUUGAGGACGACGACAUUGUUCCCGCACCCGCACCCCCGUCGUUUGAUAACACGAGGGAGUUGCAGCGCACCAUUAAGGAGGAGGAGGCGCGGUUAGAGCGCAUUGCGGAGGAAAAGAUGCGAGAGGUGCGAGAGAUGCACGAGGAACAAGUGCGGCGGUGGCAGCAGCAACAGGAGGUGGCAGCGAAGACGAUUCAGAAUCAGCAAGAAGAACUGCGUGCGCAGAUAGAAGAGUUGAAGCGUUUGCAGGAGCAGAAAACAAAAGAGGCGGAACAGGAGUCAAAGUCUGUGGGAGCGCCAAGGGAUCCCAAUGAUGACAGGGACGAUGGUGCGAAUGCUGUCAUGGUGGAACGAAGACAGUUAACGGAAAAUCAACGCCGCCGAAUUCGGGAAAGGGAGCGUGCGGUGCAUCUGCGGCGGUUGGAACAAGAGGAAGCUGCGAAAAGUUUGUUUCAACGUCUUGCGCAGGACGUUCGCGAAGUGUUCCAUGAGUUAAACCUCUCUGUUGUGGCGUCAGAGAAGGAGAGGCUUAUUAAAGACGAGCGGUACCGCAAGGAGCGCGAGGCCAAAGACCGCCGCGAGGAGUUGGAGCGGCAGGAACGGAUGCAGAAGGAGGCCAAAGAACGUGAGGAGCGUGAGGCGAAAUUUUGGAGCGCAAUGGAGGAACGGGAUGCCCGAUUUCGCGAAUUUGUGGAAAAGAAAUCCCUGAAAGACGAGGAGGAGCGUGAGGCGCGGUGGAAGCGGGACCUCGAGGACCGCGAGGCGCGUCUAAAAGGCGACAAGGAGUUGCGCAGCGAGCUGGAAAGUAUUGAAAGGGAGCGCCGUGACCGCGAGGAGAAAAACGUGCGUGAGCGGGAUCGCACGCUUAUUCAGACCCUUUUGGAUGAUUUGAAGCGGAAAUACGAAACACAAUUGGAGGAAACACGCCGUCAGUUUGAACUUGACCGCGCACAUGCGGAGGAGAUGCACCGCAUGGAACUUGCAGCCAUAGAGAAACGCCACGCGGAAUCCGCAGGGCAGAGUGACAGAAUUCACAUGCGGCAAAUUGAGAUGUUAGAGUCACAUACGGGAAAUGCAGCAAAGCUGGAAAAAAUUAUCGAGCAGAUGCAUUUUGAUAUGGAAACCACAAAAAAGAUGAAUGUAACCCUCAACGACGAAAGGUUGGCGGUGUUGCGGCAAAAGGAGCAGUUAAUAAGCGAACAAAAAGCCCUUGUAGACAAUGUUCUGGAGGAACUCAAGUAUGUGAAGCAGGAGAUGGAAAAAGAACGCACUCGUGUGGCCUCCUUGUAUGCAAAGUUUGAUAUCUCGCUUGCAAACUUUACCAAGGAGGCCGGCGAUGAACGACGACGAUGUCAGGAAACUCAGUCACACUAUGAAACGCUGCGACAACAAUUGGAGAGGGAUCGAAAAUUGAUGCUUCACGAGGUUUCUCAGGAACGCAAGGCCUUUGAGCAGCAAUACGAAGAAUUUAUGGCUAAAAAACUGCAGGCCAUGUCUGAGCUACAGGAAGAGCGAUUGGCGAUUGCUCGGGAACGCACAGAGGCCGCCGUGUUGCGGGAACGUCAAAACACCGAUGAGAUGGAAGUGCUUAAGUCUUUACGUGCACGGGAGGAGGCAUACGCGGAAAAGGUUGAAGCCAUUGAAGAGGAUCGUUUGGCUGUGAAAGAGAUGCGGUGUGAGCAAAAGCGUCUUUUGGACGAGAUCUCAGCAGAACGCGAGGCGCUUCGUAAAGAACGCGAAGCCUUUGAGGCGGAUAAAAACGAAUUGUUGCGUCGGUUUGAAGACUUGCAACUCCGUGCGGCCGAAGUGGGUGCCACACACGAACAACUUCGGCGGGAACUGGAGCUGAAUAAAAAUGCAAAGGCGAAGGCAUCGAUGAAUGCGGCUGCGAGAUGCGUCUCUAUGCAUGGCGAUACUGCAUCAGUGUUGGGUGCGGCAUCGCGGCUGCAGAUUGAUCUUUCACGGCAGCGUGCUGUGUUAAAUCGCAUCUCCCACUCAUAA